AUGGAUUAAUUUGCCAUUGGACUAUUUCCUCUCGUGUAUGCUGGCUAUGCACAAAUGAAAAUCAAAGGAUACAAGUAAGUUAGAAAUAAACCAGAAACCAUUGCCUUAAAGGUCAAGAUUGGCUUUCAACUCCAAAUCGCCAUCGUUCAAAUAAUUGAAUUAUUUGUAGCACUCCUAAGCAAAGACUUACUAUCAGCUUUGUGUUGUCUCUUCAUAAUCAUUGGAUUAUUUUACUCAUUUGGAAUCACAGUAAUCUUUCAUCAAGAAUCACUCCUAAACUUCUUGCCCUUCAUUUUUCUAUUCAAUUUAAUUUGCAACGAAACCAUUCUCAAACUAUUUGACCUCAUCUGCUUAGUCCUCUCAUCCCUCUUGGUGAUCUACCAACGAUACAGAGGAGAUGACCCUUUGGAAUACAGUAACUAUUUCAUAUCAUUGCGUAUUUAUAGACCCUUUUUGUGAAUUCUUUGAGCAAUAAGACAGUUUUGUAGCUUAGUACUUGAUCCUAUUGAAGUUUCAACCAAACACUUAUUCCGAGGAGAUCGAAUUACAUGAAUUGAAUGAAUCCACAGUCCAGGAUCCCCUGUUGGUGACUCAAUAAGUUUAAAAUCAUCAAUAGCUAUAAGGGUAAGGUCAUCAAUAACACCACCCUACUUCUUAGGUGGCCUAAUUCCUCAUUAAUUAAACGAGAUAAUCAACUAAAUUGGAUGUUAAACAUCCUGAACCAGCCAUCAUGGACAUUGUAUUUUCAAAAGAUGAAGAUGACAUGUGGGAUAAAUAAAUAGAAGUUGUUGAUUCACCGAAACAGAAAAACAAAUUAAAAGUUAGAUCGUCCUAAAUAAUUAUUGAGGAGAACUCCCAAUCAGAAGAAAUCUCCUACCCAUCAUUUAAGGAGGAUGUCCCAAAAACUCACUUUGUUCGAAGAAGUCAAGCUUCUGAAAAGAGAUCCCUCUCUUAAAGAGAAAUUAAAUAAGGUUAUGAGUAGGAGCAGCAAUCGGGUAUUCGUUCUGAUGAUGAGAUUGAUAAAAUAAAUAAAGGAAGUACGAGGAACAUUUAAGAAGAUCAAUUGGAAGAAUUGAAAUGCUAUGAACACCAAUCAUCAAAUGAGAUCUAACCUGAAGUUCAAAAUGAAUAAUAAUAAUAAUAAUAAUAAUAAUAAUAAUAAUAAUAAUAAUAGUAAUAAUAAUAAUAAUAAGUCAUGGAAAUUGUUGACAUCGAUAAAUUAGGUGGGGUUGAGAGUCCAUUAAAGUAAGAACCUAUUCCAUAAAUUCAAUAAAAAUUUCCAUUUGUUGAAGACAAUGAAUAUCCUGAUAAAUUGAUUGUGAUUCCCUAGCAGAUUCAAUAAGAAUUAAAUAAGAAGAAGUAACAGAAGAAAAAGAAAUAAAAAGAUGAAGGACUCAUUGCUAAGAGGAAUAGAAUGAUUAAGAGAAUUAAAAGUUUCGAAGAAUUUUAAGACAAAAAUGAUGACAACAAAUCCUAAAAUAGUGACUUUUAUGAUGACAAGAAAAGUGAUUAUGAAAGGUACAAGGAUGAAUUAAGUUCAGCCAAUUUAUCCGAAGAUGAGAGUGAGAGUGGAGUUUAUGUUUAAUAGAAGAUGGAAAAGGUGCAAUUCAUUGUUGGAAGGUAAAUGGUUAAAAAAUUGAUAAACUAUUAACAUAAAACUCUGAUUCCUAUAACCAUUAAAGUUAAGAAUGAUUAGUGGGUCUAGAAUUGCCAAUAUGUAGAGUUGUAUUAAUUGGCUAAUGGACAUUUACCUAAACCAUCUUACGGCGAUGCUGAACUUGAGAAGAAAUUGUUUUAUAUUCAACAAUGGUUGGAUGGGAUGAGUUAGAAUCCAAUUCUGAUGAGGAAAGAAAUACUAGAGUUUUUCAAUGUUCCAGAAGCCAUAAUGAAUAAAUAUGGUUUAAUUAAGAAGAUAGAGGAGGAGACCAGAAUACAAAGAAAUAGCAACAAGUUCAUGAAUUCUACUCAGAAGGAGUACUUUUUGUAGAUCAAAUAGAUCAAAGUGGAUUGCUUUAGUUCUGAAGUGUCAGAGGCAUUUGCACAAAUUGUUUACUAUAGUUUAAGGUUCACGAUUUAGACAGAGAAAAGAACGUUUGUUACAGAGUGCAAGAAGACAAUUGAGGAGAUAAAGGAGGCCACCAAGAUCAUAUAGUAGGAAAGAAACCUAAGGGUUUCAUUGUAGGAUCACGAGACAGUAAAAAAAUAGAUGAAGGCAAUCGAUUAGUUUCUAUAGGAAUUAUUUAGCCACCAAUUUUAUUAUUGUGAUAAAUUAUUUGAACAAUUUGGACUAUUAUCACAAAUUAAAUGA